CCCAUAACUGCAGCUUGGUUGGUGUAGCUGACAUUGCAAGCCUGCUUGGUGUAGCUCUCGCUGCUUGCUGGGUGUAGUGCAGGUGUAGCUCGACUGCAUACGGCUUUCGCCGUGUAUCUCUCUCUAUUUUCACCUUUUCUGCCUUCUGAAAUCAGCAACUACACUGGCUACCACUGUAGCUAUUCCAGAUCUGGGAAAGAAGAAACGUGCGCGACACACAUCUUGAUCCCGAGAGUGCAAUGGCGGACCCGUUCGCUAAUGCUGUGUACCGCGCGUACCGCGACGGGAUUUCAAACCUCGCAUCGAACUUGCACGCGCAGACAACGGAGCCCGAGCCGGCGAAUGCGGGAGCGUCGGCGCACGAGCAAUUCUACUCUGGAUCGGCACAAUACUCGGCGCAAAAUCUUGAGGCGACUUUCGGGGGAGCAUCGCUGCACGCUGCGUUAACUCAGCAGUUGAUUCAGGAGGCAGCGGCGCGUCAGUCAGCAUUCACUCAGCAAUUAACCCAAGGGGGAGGGGUGCAUCACUCAGUCUUACCCCACGAGGCGAUUCAUGGUGGAGCGGCUCAGCUCCCAACGUUCGCUCAGCAGUUAGCCCAUGGGGGAGGGGGCGCAUCGCAGCACGAGCAGGAGCCGUUGGCAGCGGGAGAUGCGGCACACGGAGAGGCGCCGCUGGAAGGAACUGAGCCGGAAGGAGGUGAAGAUGAAGUUGAUGCAGCUACAAACGAAUCAGCUCCUAACGAAGCAGGGCAAGGGACUUCACCAGGUCAAGCGGCUAACAAUUCGACUGCCGCCGCUGCUCAGGACAAUCAAGCAGCUCAAAACGAAGCUGCUCCAAACGAAGCUACUCAAAACGAGGUCACAGUUAAAGUCGAAGAAGGCGCUGGUACGGAAUCAGCGACUGGCGAAGGAGAUCGUUCCGGCGCGCUGGUUUCAAACCCUUCGUCCGCCAGUGGCGUCUUCUCCAUGCUCCUAGACAUGCAGCACCAGCAGCAGCCGCUCCAGUCCCCCCUCACCCCGGUCCCCGCCGCUGCCCCUCUCGCUCCCCUUCGUCCUGGCGAUUCCUCCUCCCCUGGUGCUGCGGUUGUGCCGUCCCCGUUUGGUCAGGCGGCGUUGCAGGGGCAGACGCGCCCGGCGAAUAAGUACGACGCGCAGAAGCAGCGCGAUUGGAACAACUUCAGCCAGUAUUUGGCCCGGCACCAGCCGCCAGUCGCAAUGAUUCGUGCUACACCGCGCCACGUGGUGGAGUAUAUGCGAUAUAUGGAUCAGUUUGGGCGGACACGCGUACACGAUUUAGGGUGUCCCCUUUAUGGGUCUAGCUCGGUAAGGGAGUCGUGUUCCUGCCCCAUGAAGCAGGCGUGGGGGAGUCUGGACGCUCUGAUUGGCCGGCUGCGUGCGGCUUUUGAGGAGAAUGGAGGGAGGCCGGAGACCAAUCCGUUUGCGACGCGGAUGGUGAGGGAGUAUUUGAAUGGAGUGAGGGUUUCACAGGGGAAGGCGAGGGGGGUGAUCUAUGAUAAGAGGAAGAGAGUGGUGGAGGAGGGGGGGGUGUAUGACAGGAGGCGCAGGAGAAGGGUAGAGGAGGAGGAGGAAUGGGAGGAGGGUGCCAACUGGGGCGACUAUGGGGCGGUUCAACCCUGAUAGUGUCACAAAGCAGCUUCCCUCCUGUGUGGGGUUACCGUGUUCUCUUACUGUUUAGCUUGGUUCCCUUAAUAUUUCCUCUCUUUGUUUUCUUUCCUUAUGGAUGAUGGGUUGUCCGAGUGCCACCCCUUUUUUUUCGGCCAAGGGUCCCAUAAUCCACUUACGUUGUCCUUUCAAUGUGAAUCUGUAAUUCAUUCGAUACAGUAAAA